CGGGGCUCCGCUGGCUCCUCGGCGUCCGCGGACGACGGCGACGGCGGCGGCGGCGGCGACAUGGAGAGCGGGGCCUACGGCGCGGCCAAGGCGGGCGGCUCCUUCGACCUGCGGCGCUUCCUGGCGCAGCCGCAGGUGCUGGCGCGCGCCGUGAGCCUGGUCUUCGCCCUCAUCGUGUUCUCCUGCAUCUUCGGCGAGGGCUACAGCAACCCGCACCAUUCGCACCAGCUGUCCUGCGUCUUCAACCGCAACGAGGAUGCCUGCCGCUACGGCAGCGCCAUCGGCGUGCUGGCCUUCCUGGCCUGCGCCUUCUUCCUCGUCGUCGAUGCUUACUUCCCGCAGCUCAGCAACGCUGUGGACCGCAAGUACCUGGUCAUCGGCGACCUGCUCUUCUCAGCUCUCUGGACCUUCCUGUGGUUCGUGGGCUUCUGCUUCCUCACCAACCAGUGGGCGGCCACGGACCCGGCGGACGUGCUGGUGGGCGCGGACUCGGCCCGCGCGGCCAUCACCUUCAGCUUCUUCUCCAUCUUCUCCUGGGGCCUGCUGGCCGCCCUGGCCUACCAGCGCUACAAGGCCGGGGUGGACGACUUCAUGCAGAACUACGUGGACCCCGCCCCGGACCCCAGCACAGCCUACGCCUCGUACCCGGGCCCGCCGGCCGACAGCUACCAGCAGCCUCCGUUCACUCAGAGCGCCGAGGCCGCCGAGGGCUACCAGCCCCCCGUCGUGUACUGAGCCGCUGGGGGGACGGUAACUGGGCAGGGAGGGCCGCCGGGCUCUGGACUCCUCCCACCCCCAAGGCGUGCCUCCAGGGGCUGCUGGCGCCCCUGCCUCAGGCAGCGCCCCCUCCUCAGGGCACCCAAAGGGUUUUUAACUAGACAUUGGUCACUGCUUCUGACGGUCCCCGCCCCCGGUAGCGAGCAGUGCCGCCUUGCUGUUCUAAGUGCCUUGUUUUCCCACGCCCCCAGGAGCCGCCAC